CCCAAACGCUUUCUGUUGAGGAAAGACACAAGGGUAGUUAUGGAAAGUGCGCAAUAUAGUAACUGGUUGUCUCACAUCCAUGUUUGGCUUUGAACACGUCAAAGGAAGGAGUAAAAUUACACAAACACCGGUCUACGUGAGAGGAAAACAAAAACACAACAUGACUGAAAUAUAGAUCUCGAUGUUUCGAUGUUCGGUUCUUUUUAAGCUCGUUUUUCCUUCAUGUAGAUGACACGGAUAUCCUGUACGGGGAGAUAGCCAUCAAUCCAAAGGGGAGGUAACCACCAGUCAACAUGGUGUCCCGGAGUCUGCGGCGUAACGGGACGAACGUGUUGUUGUUUGCGUAUCUGUGCCUGUGGCUGUUUGCGUUGUUCAAUUACAAGAGUCACUGCAUCUUCACCAUGCCCGACACAUUGCUCCGGAUGUCCCAGAUCGGGGGCAGCGACGAGGGCAAGUGUAAAGUCCACUUUGACGAACUAGAGAUUGCCAAAGUGGAUAUCUUUGACGAGCCGGCAGUUGAAGACAUCGUGGCCAGGAAUCCCACUGUGCAGAAAGGUGGGCGGUGGAAGCCGGAGGGAUGCUCGUCCUGGCAGAAGGUUGCCAUCAUCAUCCCGUACCGAGACCGCUGGCAGCACCUGAAGAAGCUGCUGCACCGACUCCACCCAAUGCUGAGGAGGCAACAGAUACACUACCAGGUCUUCGUCAUCGAACAGAGAGGAAGUGACAAGUUCAACCGUGGCAAAUUGAUGAACGUUGGUUUCAUGGAGGCGAUGGCGUAUGACAAGUUUGACUGUUUUGUGCUGCAUGACGUGGAUCUGAUCCCGGAACAUGACAAGAACUACUACAUGUGCGACCAGCAUGCCCGUCAUCUCGCCUCCGCCAUUGAUGAGAUGCGAUACCACGUCAUGUACUACUACUACGCUGGGGGAGUGAUCGCCCUCAACCGGGAGAACUUCAAGAGGAUCAAUGGCUACAGCAACUCCUACUGGGGCUGGGGCAAUGAGGACGAUGACCUUUCAGCAAGGAUCCAGGAAUCAGGGCUGCUGCUCACUCGGCCGCCAGAACACAUCGGCAGAUUCAAGAUGGUCCGUCAUCACAAGGCAUCCCGGGCAGAGAAUGGAAAUCAAAGAUUUUUUGGCUGGCGAGCCCGAUGGCCAAAGGAUGGUCUAAAUGACCCUGUAGGGAUGAACUACACGGUGAUGAAGACGGCGGUGGAGCACCUCUACACCAACAUCACCGUGGACAUUGGCUACCCACCGCCCGAUCUACAGACCAGGUUCGAGUCUGGACCCAAGGAAACAUUACUGUGGUUUUUGAAGUUCUACUACCCCUGAGAAGUAAAUAUGAAGAUACAUCUGUCACUGCAGGUUUUUGAAGUUCUACUACCCCUGAGAAGUAAAUAUGAAGAUACAUCUGUCACUGCAGGUUUUUGAAGUUCUACUAUCCCUGAAGAGUAAAUAUGAAGAUACAUCUGUCACUGCAGUUUUUGAAGUUCUACUACCCCUGAGAAGAUAAUAUGAAGAUACAUCUGUCACUGCAGGUUUUUGAAGUUCUACUUCCCCUGAGAAGUAAAUAUGAAAAUACAUCUGUCACUGCAGGUUUCUGAAGUUCUACUACCCCUGAUAAGUAAAUAUGAAGAUACAUCUGUCACUGCAGGUUUCUGAAGUUCUACUACCCCUGAGAAGUGAAUAUGAAGAUACAUCUGUCACCGCAGGAUUUUGAAGUUCUACUACCCCUGAGAAGUAAAUAUGAAGACACAUCUGUCACUGCAGGUUUUGAAGUUCUACUACCCCUGAGAAGUAAAUAUGAAGAUACAUCUGUCACUGCAGGUUUUUGAAGUUCUACUACCACUGAGAAGUAAAUAUGAAGAUACAUCUGUCACUGCAGGUUUUUGAAGUUCUAUUACCACUGAGAAGUAAAUAUGAAGAUACAUCUGUCACUGCAGGUUUUUGAAGUUCUACUACCACUGAGAAGUAAAUAUGAAGAUACAUCUGUCACUGCAGGUUUUUGAAGUUCUACUACCACUGAGAAGUAAAUAUGAAGAUACAUCUGUCACUGCAGGUUUUUGAAGUUCUACUACCACUGAGAAGUAAAUAUGAAGAUACAUCUGUCACUGCAGGUUUUUGAAGUUCUACUACCACUGAGAAGUAAAUAUGAAGAUACAUCUGUCACUGCAGGUUUUUGAAGUUCUACUACCACUGAGAAGUAAAUAUGAAGAUACAUCUGUCACUGCAGGUUUUUGAAGUUCUACUACCACUGAGAAGUAAAUAUGAAGAUACAUCUGGAGGGUAUCUAGCACCUAGAUGACCCCUAAACGAGGACAGAGAACAGACUGGGAGGGGAUUGGGAGUGGGUGGGAGUGUUUUUUGGGGAGGAGGUGAGGGGGGGAAGCUUCAGGUGACAUGGAAGACUUGAGACUGAUAUCAGUUUUUGUUUCUCUGGGCUGAGAGGAGUUAUUUUGUAGGAGACAUAUCUGAGGGGGUUGAGGAUAAAGAACACAUUGCUGCCAUGUGCAUGUUGUGGAACAGAGUUAGUUUGAACUGCUACCAACAUUCCAGUGUAGAUGUGGUGGAUAUAGAGGGGUUGCAGGUGCGGUGGCAAUCUGAUUGGUUAGAAUGUUACACUAGAUGGCAAUCUGAUUGGUUAGAAUGUAACCCUAGAUGGCAAUCAGAUUGGUUAGAAUCUUACACUAGAUGGCAAUCUGAUUGGUUAGAAUGUAACCCUAGAUGGCAAUCAGAUUGGUUAGAAUCUAACACUAGAUGGCAACCUGAUUGGUUAGAAAUCUAGCCCUUGAAUACUAUUUCAUUGGUUAGAAUCUAACCCUGGAUGGCAAUCUGAUUGGUCAGAAUCUAUCCCUGGAUGGCAAUGCGAUUGGUUAGAACAUAUAUGUGUUUCAGCUUCCCAGAGUUUAGGAGACGCUGACCUUGAUGUUGGAUACAGUUUUUCAGACAACUGUCAUUAAAUUGCUUCUAUAGUGAAUGGCGGUCAGUAUUUUUGUACAAUUGUGGCUAAUAUAUCAUUUAAAGAUAUUUUCAUGCUUCAAAACUGAAAGUCAAGCCAGACCAAUUUCUAUGUCAAUACUUGAAGGUGAAGGAUGCAUGGUGCGACAUGGAGUGCUUCACUUACUGACAUGUCCAUGACCUAGCAUUCACAAUGCUAGAUUGAAUGACUGUUGAUUAUACUAGUGUUACACCGGAACCAUGUAGAACAUGUAGGAGUUCCAUAUGAGCUCAAAAUCACAAACAAGAAGAAAAAUAUAUUCAGUCCUCAGUUGAUGCCCUGACACUACUGCCAGGUUUUACCAGCUCUUGGUGUGAACCUUACUCCAGGGUGUCGUACCAAAUGAUGUCAGCACUAAAGUGAUCUUAGCGCUAAGGUGAUCAUAACUCCCAUACCUUAACAUAGACUUAUGACUGUCGUAGCGCUAAGGUUGUUUUGUAGGACUUUCUACACAUGACUGAUGUGUGUGUCAAGUGAAAACAACAACAAAAACUGUGAUAAGUCUUUGAUGUAUAUCAUUGUCAUUAGGUACCAGUGCAGGUGUUGAUGUGCACAAUUGUCAUUAGGAGUCAAUACAGCUGUUGAUGUACACAAUUGUCAUCAGGAGUCAAUACAGGUGUUGAUGUACACAAUUGUCAUCAGGUGUCAAUACAGGUGUUGAUGUGUAUAAAUGUCAUCAAGUGUCAAUACAGGUGUUCAUGUGUACAAUUGUCAUCAAGUGUCAAUACAGGUGUUGAUGUGUACAAUUGUCAUCAGGUGUCAAUACAGGUGUUGAUGUGUACAAUUGUCAUCAGGUGUCAAUACAGGUGUUGCUGUGUACAAUUGUCAUCAGGUGUCAAUACAGGUGUUGCUGUGUACAAUUGUCAUCAAGUGUCAAUACAGGUGUUGCUGUGUACAAUUGUCAUCAGGAGUCAAUACAGGUGUUGAUGUGUACAAUUGUCAUCAAGUGUCAAUACAGGUGUUGAUGUGUAUAAAUGUCAUCAAGUGUCAAUACAGGUGUUGAUGUGUAUAAAUGUCAUCAAGUGUCAAUACAGGUGUUGAUGUGUACAAUUGUCAUCAAGUGUCAAUACAGGUGUUGAUGUGUAUAAAUGUCAUCAAGUGUCAAUACAGGUGUUGAUGUGUACAAUUGUCAUCAAGUGUCAAUACAGGUGUUGAUGUGUAUAAAUGUCAUCAGAUUUCAUAGCAUGCAUGGGUAUUGUUACAGCUGAAUGAAUGAAUAUGAGCAGUGUUUUUGUGCCCGUUUAUUCAUCUUCCCGACAAGGAAGUUAACUGACUUUAAAAGUCAUGUUUUCGACCUUGCCGAACUAGGCUAGAUUUCCGUGGCUCAAUCGUAGUGUCACAAGUGGCAAUAACGAGUUAUGUCCGUCCUAUUGACAAAUCAGAUUCCAUCUAUCCUAUUACUUGCGUUUGAUUCAAACAAAAUGGCGGUGCCCAGUCAAGGUCUGAUCGAUAAUAAAGAUCUAUGUUGUUAUAAAACGUGUCUUACCUCGCAAAAUGCAUCAAAUUACAAGAGCACCUUGAUUUAAAACAUAAAAAGGUUUGGAAAAUAUCUUUGGACGUUCAGUGGACAGAUACAAAUGCUUUGCAAAUCUUGCAAUUGACCUAAAUCUGCACGGAAGUUUACGAACCAGAUGUUUAUUUCGUUACAUGAUUUUGAUUGGACUAUGUAUAGGCUUGUUACCUAGUUUGGCAUGUGUAGAGACUGGACUUUUAUAGUCAGUUAACUCCCUCGCGUCAGGAAGAUGCCAUUUAUUUGGUUAAUAUAUAUAUUUAUAAGACCUUGUUAGAUACUUUGUUUACAAAACGAGUGGACUUUCAUAAAACUGACAGUUUAGAAAUGCUUCAUCAGUCAACUUUUUGAAAAUUAAAUGUGGUGCAAAAUCAAAAUGAAGCCUCUUGCAAGUCUAUCUUUAUAGAUUGACCUGGUUACUGCUGUUUUCUUAUGCUGAAGCAAUGUACAGAGGUAGACUUGAGAGAGUUGCCUUCUUGUAGCACAGUGAUAUAUGUGUGUGUGACAUGAGGACUUUUAUGUGGAUGAUUGUGGCAAUAAAGAUUUAUCUUCAAA